UUCAUUCUCGACAUUAUUACUAAAGAAAAUAUGAUUUCGUCGGCGGAAAGCAUGACUUUACUGCCCAUCAAUUCGGAUGCUUGUCUGACAAGUAUUGUUGAAUAUUUUUUGAAAAAGGCUUUAGAUGACCCGUCAUUGACACGAGAUUACGCACAUGUUUGUUUGGCAAUAAAGAACAAGGAAAUCCAGUCGGGAGACUACAAAAAAAUAAAUACUUCGUUUACGAAACUUUUGAUAAACAAGUGCAAAGACACGUUCGAGUCUAUGUUCGACCGAAAAAGUAUUGCGGCCAAUGAGCGGAAAGAAAUUGAGUCUUGCAAAAAUAAAGAAACUAAACGCAAACUUCAAUUGAAAUCUGAUGAAAAUGAAACAGUUCAUAAAAAACGUUCAGUAGCAAUUUGCAGAUUCAUCUGCGAACUUCUUAAAGUGAAAAUUUUGGUACCAUCGAUUUUAGAAAUGUGCUCGGCGAGACUAAUAAGUAGUCCAAAAGAAUUAUCUGUCGAAUGCGUAUGCGUCAUACUGCAACACGCCGGGAGUACAGUUAAUCAUAGUGGCGUGUUGGAGAGGCUGCAGGAGUACUCGACUGCGCAAAAUGCGAAAUUAUCCCCGGGAUUACGGUCAAUGAUCCUAGAUACGCUUGAGUUGAUCAAUACCAAAUCUACCUGUGAUGAGCCACGGUUGACGGACGAGACGAAAGUAGUGACUUCAUUUGUAGAGGCGUCUGUUGAACGCAUCAAGUUGCCGUCAUCAGAUCUAUCCGUGGCCCAAGAAAGCGUGUGUCCGGAGAAUAAUACACAAAUCGAAAACGAACCGGACAAACGAACCAGACAAACGGAUAAAGUUUACAAUACUGUUAAAACGAUAAUUUAUUCCAUAACUGCAGACAAUAAGAGCACCUCAAUAAAUGAGUUAUCGGUACAUUUAAAGAAUAUUGAUGUGAUGGAAAGAGCCAUCGACUUUCUGUUCGAAAGGGUAAAAAUCCAUCCCAAAACUAUUCCGCAAUUGGUGAGCGUGUGCUCUUCGUUGCGGGAUGUAUCGACAAGUGGUGUGAUAGAAGGGCGGCACAUUAAACCUACCUCGUUGAAGAAACAGAUCGCGAUCAGGUGUACAAAGCUAUUGCUGUCCGAGGUUCAGAACGGUCCAAGUGAAAACGAUUUCACGUCCGAACAGUCGUACACAUUUAUCGGCGAAUUAAUCAACGAAAACGUUUUGUCAGCCCAUAUUCUAGAAGAGUUUUUAAAAAUCGUACCGGAUAAGCUGUCAAAUAAAACGCUUAAAAAUGUAUGUGACCUGCUAAAAGUGGCAGGGAAAAAAAUAGAACAAGUGUACAGUGUGAAAAAAACACUCGGAAAACUGACAGAUAGAAUUUCGAAUGACACAAAUGGGAAAUUUUCUCGUCGUAGUGGUGCUCUUUUGAAAGCACUUGUUGAACUACGGGACAAAAAAUGGGUCUCGUAGUACAAUAAUAUCAAAGACAAUCCCUUUUUUCCACCCCUUAAUCACUUGAUAAAAUUACUUUGAUCUAACUAAUAACCAGAUG